UCCCAGAAUUAUUAUAAGAGCAAAAAGGCGACUGAAUCUGGAACGCCAUGUUCAAAAAGCACAUUUGUGUGUGUGUGUGUGGUAAGGUGUGCACAAACUUUUGUACCAUAUAGUGUAUUUUGAACAGUAAUCAGAUCCAGGUACAGAUAAUGGCAUUGUUUAACAGCCCUACAUCCCAUAAUGUGCACAAUAGCAACUUCCCUGUCGAACACUUCCCGGUUUAACUGCAUUACACCAGUUAAAAGGUCUCUUUAACGCUUGACACGCAGAAGACUAGCGACGCUGUGAUUCAGAGUCUUUUAUAGAGCAGAGAUGUCUCAGGCUGAUUCCGAAUAUGUGAACUACGCUAAGGAGAGAGGAGAGCGCAUCGAGAAGGUGUUGGAACUCUAUGAGAGAGGAGAUGCUGUUAGACCUCACAAGCCCGACACCGAGACGGAGAAUGCCAACACGAAGACUCAACACGCAGGACUGACUACUGCGGGGGACAGAUGUUACAGACUGGCUGUUUUGUGUGUGCUGCUGCUGUGUCUUCUCCUGCUGAUUGCUACCACAGUGCUGUGGAUCGAAUUCACCAUCCUGACUACAGAAAAAGAUCAGUUACAGUCCACAUACACCGCUCUUAUAAUAGAGCAAGACCGGUUACUGACCAGUUACAAUAAACUGACCGUAGAGAGAAAUCAUUUACGGACACGUUACAUGAGAAUGACUUUAGAGAGAGACCAGUUACAGACCAGUUACAACAACCUGACUAUAGAGAGAGACCAGUUACAGAGGGAGAGAGAUGGAUACCGGAGUACACUUGAUCUGUGUUAUAAAGGGAGGUGUUUCAACUUCGACUCCAGUGUUUACUGCAUGUCUAAUGAAACGAAGAUCUGGGAGGAGAGCAGACAGGACUGCACGAACAAAGGAGCAGACCUGGUGAUCGUAAACAGCAAGGAGGAACAGGUGUUCAUCGGUAAUCAGCUGGGCAGCAGUCGGGCUUGGAUUGGUCUGAGUGACAGAGCUGCAGAGGGAGACUGGAAAUGGGUGGACGGUACACCACUGACCACUGCGUUCUGGGAUCAAGGGGAACCGAAUAAUAAAGAUGAAGAGGACUGUGCUGAGAUUUUCAGUUCAAAUGGGAACUUUUGGAAUGAUGAGAAAUGUUCUAAUAAUGAACACUGGAUCUGUGAGAGACGUGUUUCUCAGGAGAGAGGAGAGCGCAUCGAGAAGGUGAUGGGACUCUAUGAGAGAGGAGAUGCUGUUAGACAUCACAAGCCCGAAACCGAGACGGAGAAUGCCAACACGAAGACUCAACACGCAGGACUGACUACUGCGGGGGACAGAUGUUACAGACUGGCUGUUUUGUGUGUGCUGCUGCUGUGUCUUCUCCUGCUGAUUGCUACCACAGUGCUGUGGAUCGAAUUCACCAUCCUGACUACAGAAAAAGACCAGUUACAGUCCACAUACACCGCUCUUAUAAUAGAGCAAGACCGGUUACAGACCAAUAAAGGGAGGUGUUUCAACUUCGACUCCAGUGUUUACUGCAUGUCUAAUGAAACGAAGAUCUGGGAGGAGAGCAGACAGGACUGCACGAACAAAGGAGCAGACCUGGUGAUCAUAAACAGCAAGGAGGAACAGGUGUUCAUCGGUAAACAGCUGGGCAGCAGUCGGGCUUGGAUUGGUCUGAGUGACAGAGCUGCAGAGGGAGACUGGAAAUGGGUGGACGGAUUCAGAGUCUUUUAUAGAGCAGAGAUGUCUCAGGCUGAUUCCGAAUAUGUGAACUACGCUAAGGAGAGAGGAGAGCGCAUCGAGAAGGUGUUGGAACUCUAUGAGAGAGGAGAUGCUGUUAGACCUCAAAAGCCCGAAACCGAGACGGAGAAUGCCAACACGAAGACUCAACACGCAGAACUGACUGCGGGGGACAGAUGUUACAGACUGGCUGUUUUGUGUGUGCUGCUGCUGUGUCUUCUCCUGCUGAUUGCUACCACAGUGCUGUGGAUCGAAUUCACCAUCCUGACUACAGAAAAAGAUCAGUUACAGUCCACAUACACCGCUCUUAUAAUAGAGCAAGACCGGUUACUGACCAGUUACAAUAAACUGACCGUAGAGAGAAAUCAUUUACGGACACGUUACAUGAGAAUGACUUUAGAGAGAGACCAGCUAGAGGACAGAAACAACAACCUGACUAUAGAGAGAGACCAGUUACAGAGGGAGAGAGAUGGAUACCGGAGUACACUUGAUCUGUGUUAUAAAGGGAGGUGUUUCAACUUCGGCUCCAGUUUUUACUACAUGUCUAAUGAAAUGAAGAUCUGGGAGGAGAGCAGACAGGACUGCAGGAACAAAGGAGCAGACCUGGUGAUCAUAAACAGCAAGGAGGAACAGGAGUUCAUCAGUAAAAUCCUGAGCAGAAACUCUUGGAUUGGACUGAAUGACAGAGACAGAGAGGGCGAGUGGAAGUGGGUGGACGGUACACCGCUGAACACUGAGUUCUGGGGACAAAGCGAACCCAACAGUGCUGCAGGAGAUGAGGACUGUGUUGUAAUUCAUGAUCACACUGAUCCUGUCUGGAACUGGUCUGAUUAUCCCUGUAGUCGUCAGAUCAUUUGGAUCUGUGAGAAGACAGUCGUUAUCUGAAUUACUGCAUGUGAUUGAAAAGCAGUAAAUAAGUUGAUAUUUUUAUCUGUGUAGGUCAGUGUGUUGUGUCUGAAAAAUCCUCAUUACUGUUAGUAACUCUGUCACCACCAUGAUGUCACCUGAUUUUCUUUCUGAACUGAUUUUCCCAUUCUGUGUGUUUUUUUUUUUUUUAAUGAACAUGCAAAAUAACAGUGUGUGCUCGCUCCAGUGCUAUUCUGUUACCUGUUGAAUAGAGUCACACUGUUAAAUUAAAUCAAAUCAAGCAGUGAUUAAUAAUAUAUUGGAAAUAUACUAAGUUCCUAUCAGAUGUUAAUUAGGUUUCUGAACUUGGUAACAGACUAAUUGAUGUUUGUUUGUUUUUUAGAGAAACUCGUGAAAAUAAUGUAUAAAAGUCUCUGAUCUUACACUUUUA